AUGGAAGCGCGUGCUUCUCGAGCGCACUACAGCAAUGUGUCUCAUCAAUUCACUACACCACCGGACGAGAUAGGACCAAUGCUACCUGAUGAUCUAUUCCAAACCUCGACCAGAAUUGCCGGUCUCAUGCCGGACUCUUUCGGCGAGAUGUUCAAUUUUCUUGAUGGAGACAGUUUUGGCAUCGGUCCAAUGCACGAGUUUGUGUAUGGAUGGCAGGCUAUAGUGAACACUAUGAGCAUGAAAAACAAUGUUGAAGUGCGCAAAAGAGCGGGUUUACAGCGGUUCGCUUUAGCUGGUAUAAAUGGAAUAACCCUAAUAUCACAUAUAGGAGUUACAGAGAUCAUGAUCAAUGGCACUCGUAGUUACUGCUUUGGUGGAGUCUCUAGGCCACCGGGAAGGAGGAGCGUUAUAUGUAAAGGAGCUAUGUAUCAAGAGGGUCGGUUCACAUGUAAAGUACCUUACCUUCGGUAUCCAACUGUUUUGGGAUAUAGGUAUUGUAUAGAUUGGUAUGCAGCCGUUAACACACUGGAUGGAACGUAUAAGACUACAUAUUGUGCUCGCGGUGAAUCUAUACCCAAAUUUCAUUACGACUACAUUUGCGAACGACGGGAUGUGAAGAUCAAACGAAUUAACUUAACUGACCCCCAUGAAAGGUUCAAUAUCCGGAACCCUGUGGUGCGGAGAGCUGAAUACUAUCGCGCCCCCUACGAUAUUCUGAAGGCCUGUCCUGAUUGGUACGGUUGCAAUCUCCGCAUAGCCCCCGAGUCUUUACAUCAGCCCAUGCCUGUGGGCUUGUUAGAUGCCAACGAAACUGCAUUCGUUGGUCACGGUGGCAAAUAUUGGCUUGCUCUUUACUAUACUCAGCUUUCUACCUAUGCCAUUUACUUUCAAGCUCAUGGAGAAUACCCUUGGCAAUCUAGUAGGCCAAUUGUGUCUAUCGAUAAAGGUGGAAUAUGGGAGCAACUUCUGAAAGCUAAUAUUGGACCUGAUAUGAAUUUGCACUACAACUUAAAUGGCAUAUACAAUAGGUACCCAGGAGCCAUAGUCAUGCCUGAUCUUAUGAGGAAUGAUGGACAGGUUCAACCAUCUAACUUUAGAACGGAAAAUAGAGACAGUGUACCAGAAGACAUUAUUAUUGGAAAUGCUCACGUGUCAGCAGAUGGCCCAGAAGGUCCAAGCAAGAAUAAGCCGUGUCUUGGGGUAAAAGCAACCCGGGCACUACGGUGGCCCCAGACACUCCAGCCGCAGCACCCCAGCCCCCGGUAUAUUACAGAUGUUGUUGCAGGGGUGCUGGAGAUGACUGGCACGGACAACAUCCGCUUCAGCGGACACACCCUGGACAAGGCCACCAAAGCUAAGGUGACCUUGGAAAACUUCUAUACGAAUCUCAUCACACAACAUUAUGAGAGAAAACAAAGAUUAGAAAAGCUAGAAGAGACUCUAAAAGAUGAGAAUUUGACGGAGAGUCAAAAGCAGGAAAAGCGUCAACAACAUGCGCAGAAAGAAACGGAAUUCCUUAGGCUCAAGCGGUCCAGGCUUGGGGUUGAGGACUUCGAACCUUUGAAGGUUAUAGGGCGAGGAGCGUUCGGAGAAGUGCGUUUGGUACAGAAAAAAGACACCGGUCACGUUUACGCUAUGAAAAUACUAAGGAAGGCAGAUAUGCUUGAAAAAGAACAGGUGGCUCACGUGCGAGCCGAACGUGAUAUCCUGGUGGAGGCUGAUCACCAAUGGGUGGUGAAGAUGUACUACAGCUUCCAAGACCCAAUGAAUCUGUACCUCAUAAUGGAAUUCCUCCCCGGUGGUGAUAUGAUGACGCUUCUGAUGAAGAAGGACACCUUAAGUGAAGAAUGCGCGCAGUUCUAUGUUGCUGAAACGGCCUUGGCCAUAGAUAGUAUUCACAAGCUUGGAUUUAUUCACAGGGAUAUAAAGCCAGACAACUUGCUAUUGGACGCCCGUGGUCACAUCAAGUUGAGCGACUUUGGUCUUUGCACGGGUCUGAAGAAAAGCCAUCGUACGGACUUCUACCGUGACCUUUCACGCGCUACACCCUCAGAUUUCAAUUUCUUUUCAGUAUCAACGUCAACAUCACCAAUGGACUCAAAGCGUCGUGCCGAAUCAUGGAAACGUAAUAGAAGAGCGCUAGCAUAUUCCACAGUCGGGACCCCGGACUAUAUUGCGCCAGAAGUGUUCCUUCAGACUGGAUAUGGACCACAAGCUGAUUGGUGGAGCUUGGGUGUUAUAAUGUACGAAAUGUUAAUAGGCUAUCCGCCAUUUUGCUCCGAAUCGCCGCAAGAGACGUACAGGAAAGUGAUGUCUUGGCGGGAAUCGCUCACUUUCCCACCAGAAAUACCGAUUAGUGAAGAGGCGAGGGACACUAUUCUUCGCUUUUGCUCUGAACCCGACCGCAGAUUAGGUUCCCAGCGAGGUAUUGAGGAUGUGAAAUUGGUGCCGUUCUUCCGCGGCGUCGACUGGAACCACGUGCGCGAGCGGCCGGCGGCCAUUUCUGUGGACGUCAGGUCCAUAGACGACACUUCCAAUUUCGACGAGUUCCCAGAUGUCAAACUCGAAAUACCAUCAGCGCCCAUUGCCCAAGAGGGUGAGAUAGCGUACAAAGAUUGGGUGUUCAUCAACUACACGUUCAAACGCUUCGAGGGUCUCACUCAGCGGGGCACCCCUACCAAGAAA